AUGCGUCGGCGCGCUGAUUCCAGAGUCUUGCCUAUCUUCACCGACGACGAUGGCGAAAGAAGAGCUUCUUCUAGCAUGGCGUCCGUGUCAGAUGACGCUCCAUCCAACACGGGUGUCAGGGCAAUGAUCAGCUUCCAGGGCAGGCUGUUCUUCCUGUUCAUUCUGACCUGGAUUGUCUUGAUCCUUUAUAUCUUAUGGGUGAGUCAAGAGCAUCCUCCACAAGGCAGCGCAGAACUGCCGAUCGAGUCCAUCAGCACUGAACAUGAUGCAACGCCUGCCAUCACGACUCCUCCACCACGCCUGCACUUACUGGUGCCUGCCUCAAAGCCCGAUGUCAACUUAUGCAAGGUCAUAGUAAGCGCCGGCAUAUCAGGCUAUCCCGACCCGGUCAUCAUCAAUUGGAAUCAGACAUAUCAUGAAGCGCACUUUGUUGCAGGCGGCUCUCACCUCGCCAAGAUCAGAGGCGUACAUGAAUACCUCCAACGCUUCCAAGCAAUGCGAGACGAUGACCUUGUGCUGGUUAUUGAUGGCUUUGACAUCUGGCUUCAGCUUCGUCCACAGACACUGAUUGAUCGAUAUUUCGACAUCAAUCGGCGAGCAGAUAAACGUAUUGCCCACGAGCUCAAAGCGGCCACCGAAAAGUAUGCCAUCCGACAAGACAUCGUAUUUGGUACUCAAAAGCGAUGCUGGCCAUGGUCUCAAAAGGAUCCUCCAUGCUAUGCAGCGCCAUUUUCGAGUCUUCCAGACGACAUCUAUGGACCAGGAACCGAUACCGACGUCGGCUUUGAACCGAAUCCAUGGAUCAAGUACAGACCUCGAUACCUGAAUAGUGGGUAUAUGAUGGGGAGUGCGAAGGCGAUGCGCAGGAUGUUCGAACGGGCAAUGGUUCUGCUUCCAGAUGAAAAGAACUUUGGCAGCGAUCAACAUAUCUUCAGCCACAUUUUUGGCGAUCAAGAGGUAUGGCGAGAAGUCGUGCGCCGAGAGGAAAGGUCUAAUGCUACGAUCAUGCACGAGGCCUCGCCAGACUAUCAGCCAUUACAUCCUUGGAACGAGAACCAUAUCAAUCAAGUGGGCAAGAAAUCUGCAGACGCGCCAGGAGGUACCCUUGAGUUCAGCAUAGGCCUGGAUUUUGAGAUGCUUCUUGGGAUCAACACAGUCUUCUCCGAGGAUGAUACUGAAUGGCUACACUGGAGAAACGAGACUGCUUUACGAGAGGCUGAAGCACGAGUCGGACUUCCUGAAGAGCAUCAGCACAUGCAGAAGCUCAACGACGACAUAACGUCAACAGCCCCUCCUUUCCAACUCUCCGACUUGGAGAACACAUUACCGAAAGCGACAGCCUGGCCAGACGUAUCUCUCUUCACGAACAUCUGGACAGGCAUCGUCCCUCCAAUAAUCCACCACAAUGCUCACCGGGACCACCGCAAGGCAUUGCGUCAGGAAUGGUGGGAUCGGAUCUGGUUCACGAAUUAUACACGUACAAUGUACGAUAUGCAUGUACGAGCGUCGAGUGCACCUGUGGCACAUAGUGGAUACGACAAGGACAGUUUGACGGAUUACUGGCCUGCGGAGAAGUUGAAGGGAGGCGGAGCAAAUGGACCAAAAAUCGACAGCGCCGAUGAAACAGAACGAUGGAAGUGUUUCGUGACGGACAAGGACCAUGGAUGCAACCCACCUAAUAGAUAUCUGACCAGAAAGAAUUUCCCAUGUUCAAACUCAUACAUCUCCUUCUUUCCAAAGCAGAACAGUCUUUCCAAAGCCUCCACAACCAUCAUAAUCAUCAAGACUCAGCCAAAGGAUCCGCAUCCUCAUCCUCCUCCGCCAAACUCGCACUCGUCCUCACCUAAAACCCCGUCGAACUCCGACUCAACCCCGUCCCAACCCUGGACCUAUUCGAAAACAGCGUAUCAUCCAACUCCUUCAAAUGCCGAUGUUCCGACUGACUAUGAUGAUGUUCCAUACUCACCAUCCCCAACAUUUCCAACUCCGGAUGCGCCACAUCACCGACACCCGCCGCAAUACUCGUCCUCCGAUUAUGACCUUGAUACGAGCGAGGAGAUGUGA